GGUCCGAGCCAAGACGGACAAAUCUUUUACACGGUCUGAGACACCAACUGGCUCCGUUGGGGGGGCCAAGCAAACUAAAGAUUCCCAUUACUCUGCAUAAGCGCGGCAUUGGAGCCUCUAAAUCCAGGCUCCCGCUUCAGUCGUAAAUGACACUCGUAGUUCAGUUUGACCUAGCUGAGGGGACGUACGUACUCUUGAUGUGAGUAACUAAGGCUGUGAAAGCUUGAUAGAUAAGCUACGCCAGACACGGUGUUAUGAAUAUUCUAAGCCAUAUCCUUGUUGCGCGUCUAUCUAGUUGGGCAGCUUUCGCCUCUCGCCUCCGACGCAUCCAAAGUGGGAACGGGGGGAGCGUAUUACUGAUCUAUCCACAGAAGAGGCCUUGGGAACGGGCUCUUCGCUCCCGGGUCCGUCAUGUACACAUUUACGAUAUCGAAUUUUAUCUAUUUAGUCGAACAAAGAACCCCCUCCCUCCCUCCGCAGCCAUGAAGAUGAUUGUCUUCAGUAGUCGGCGGGUUUAUUGUCUAGAUUACCUUUAUCUGUUGGCGCGGCUUCUAGAUGUAGAUGCAUUCACGCACACUGUAAUUUCUACUUGACAGGAUUCCAGCUUCGUUAAAAUAUUCUACAUAG